ACGCAAUGUUCCGGGUUUUUGCACUUCAAAUCCUGAAUACUAUGAUAUUACUUACUCAUUUCAUGCGGAGGCUGACGAGCUACUAUAAAGAGGGUCAUCCUUCGAGGGUAGCCUAACAACUCCUUGGUCUGAGUUACCUUGCGCGCCCUUCUUCAAGCUUCAGUCAUGGAUACAUACAUGGCCCGAGAUGUUCUUGCGUCGAGGUCCAGUGUCACCGACAAGACUUUGCGAUCCACCCGCAACAAGCUGUACCCGCUGCAGGCGUGGUACUGCAUCGGUCUUUUCAUUUUUAUAAUUGCCGUUUUUCAGUCCAUUUCUUUCUUUCACUCCAAGUUCGCUGGGAGGCGUAAAACAUUCAACGACUCCGACCCAGAACUUGCUUCUGUGCACCGUCGUCGCAGUUUUUCUUGGCGUCGCAUUCCGUUGGGACUUGUCAAUGCAUACCGAGUCAUUUCUUUCCGCUGGACACUCGAAUUUGGAAAGACGUACACCCUCAACAUGGCUGAAGUGUUUGUCACUAUUGCAUACAUCAUUUUUCUUUUUCUAUGGGCAUUUAUCAACACAACCGAUCUCGAGGGCCACGCAUUUGACAUUACGUAUUGGUCCAACCGCUCGGGCAUGCUGGCCGCGAGCCAGUUCCCACUGAUCACUGCACUCGGAACCAAGAACAACAUAGUAUCCUUAAUCACCGGUAUCAGCUACGACAAGCUUAACUAUGUUCAUCGCAUGAUGUCUAGAGUCGUGUUCACCUUGCUCUGGGUUCAUGGAGGCAGUGAGGUUGUCCGAAACGCACCAUUCCAACCAUACUUCGCGGAGCAGUGGCUCGUAUGGGGCGUAGUUUCCAUGAUCGCAUUUAGCAUUCUAUGUAUCGUCUCCUUGCGCCCCGUCCGAGCACAAGCAUACGAGCUUUUCUUCUACGUUCAUUUCUCUAUGGUUCUCACUUUCCUGAUCGGUGCUUACUACCACACAAAACAAUUUACAGUCGCCUACUGGAUCUACCCCUGUUUCGUAAUCUGGGGACUGGACCGCCUCAUCCGCUUCAUUCGUCUAGUGAUGUUUAACCACUCGUACUUCGGAUUCGGGUCAGGGUCUACGAUGGAUGCGACCGCUGAACUCCUAUCAGAUGAUUUUGUUCGGUUGCGUUUCCACCGCCCGUCUCAUUUCCACUGGACCCCUGGACAAACUGCCUAUCUUAUCAUGCCGUCUGUCUCACGCCUGCCAUUCGAGGCCCACCCUUUCACCAUCGCGAGCUUUAAUUCGAAACUUUUUGAUGCGCCCAAGGAACAGAACCCAACGAGCGAAAAAUAUACUCAGAUCAGCAUAGCAGAAGGCAGUCUUGGUUCCAGUGCUCCAUUCUGGAAAGAACUUGUGUUUUUCAUCAACGUGAGGGAGGGAUUCACUGCCCGCUUGAAAGACGCUGCCUUGAAAGGUGAUAAAGUCAAAGUCUUUGUCGAUGGGCCAUAUGGGCCUUCGCCUAACCUGAGUUCAUAUGACACAUCCGUGCUCAUUGCUGGCGGAUCCGGAGUCUCGUACACGCUGCCAGUAUUGCUGGAUAUUAUAGAACGCGUUCGCAACGGUCAAAGCAGUUGUUCUCGUGUUGUUUUCAUCUGGUCAAUUCGGAGCGUCGACCACAUUCAUUGGAUCGAUGAGGUUCUCAUCCGCGCACUCCGACUUGCACCCCCUUCUUUAUCCAUCUCAAUCCACAUCCACGUUACCGGCGCACCAUCAACUAUUGAGACGUUACCACAGUCGUAUAGUCCAAAGGAUGAAAAACGUGCGCGCGAUGAUUCCGGCUCCGACAUUAUGGAGUUGCAGGAUGGAAAAGUCGUCGAAAUAAACAAUGACUCCCUGUUCGCUAUUGAGUCGGUCAAGCUUGCACAUGAAAGGCCCGACCUAUGGGCUAUCCUCAGGGACGAAGUGAAAGCGACGACGGGCAGAAUGUCCGUUAGUGUCUGUGGCUCACAGAGCAUAGCACGAUCUGUUCGUGGUGCUCUUCGGUUCCCAGUGUCUAGUCCUCUCAGUGUAGCUAACGGUGGCCCGAGUGUUACUCUACACAUCGAGUCCUUCGGUUACGCUUAAAAGAGGGUUUCAACGUCUACCUUGAAACACACCCCCAUAUGAUUGAUCUUUGCAAAUUCUGUUCUUGGGAGUCUCUUAUGAUUAUAUGCCCGUGUACUUUAAGCCAUCGUGGCGGAUCCCGGAGAAGCUAAAUGAUUUCGCUACUGUCGUGUAUUGCUGCAGUUGGAUGUAAUUGACGGUCCUGAUGCCUUUCUGUAUUGAAAUUGCACCCUUCGGUUGUUCCCAUACAACUUGUUUC